UUUAAGAUUUAUUUAUUAAUAAUGAAUAUAGUCUAGAGAUUUUUUUUCAAAAACUUUAUAUGUAAGAAUUUUCAAAUGAAAAUAAAUAAAUAUUAAUUAGUUUAAAAAAGAAAACAUAGUGUUAAAAUAUUACGGAACAAAGCUAUAACAAACAUGUAUCUCCUAUUAUAUCAUUAUUAUUUGUCAUUGCUAUAUUUAUCAUCUUUAAAUUGUUCGGUUUCUAACCACACACAAAAAGAACUGUAUGCAAGCGCUAAAAAAAUUAGUUACCAGUCGAACCCAACUAAUAAAUCCGAAUGGACACACUUUCCACUUUUUCAUUAAAAAAAAUAAAAGAAAACUAAAAGAAUUGAUCUCUCUUUUUGUAUAUAAAGAGGAAGCAAACAAAGAGAGCAAAAAUGGCCGGCAUCUUCUAAUAAUCAUCUGUACAUAUAUAUGAGUAUGAUGAGAAGGCAGAUGUAAUCUAUGAUGAUGAUGGUAACGGGGAGAAGGUGUGAAGACUGUGGGAAUCAAGCUAAGAAAGAGUGUGUGUAUAUGAGAUGCAGAACUUGCUGCAAAGCGAAAGCCUUUCAUUGCCAAACUCACAUCAAGAGCACUUGGGUUCCUGCCUAUAGAAGAUCCCACAAACACCAAUCGCAAACGCAAGCACAACCACAGCAGCAACCGCUCUCUAUUACAAACCCUAAACGUCUCAGAGAACAGCACCCAACUUCUUCCCCUUCAUCAUCAGGUGUAAGAAUCGGCACUAGUACGGGACAUUUUCCUGCGGAGUUGAGUUCUGUAGCGGAUUUCCGUUGCGUAAAAGUGCAUUCAAUCGAUGACGGAAAAGAACAAUACGCUUAUCAGACGACGGUGAACAUUGGAGGACACGUUUUCAGAGGCAUUCUUCACGAUCAAGGCCUCGAAAAAGUGGACUUAGAUCACCACCCUGCUCAUCAUGAUCAAGCUUUACUUCUCCCGUCAUCUUCACGUCCCUUGAUGAUAACUAGUCAUUUUACCGAUUUCAUGUCCGGCACCCACACCAAAAGUCUUCAUUAAGAACAAUUUCGUAAAAUCACUGUAAAUUGACUAAUUUUUAGA